GACACUCCAAUCAAACUCAACUCAUCCAUCAUCCACUUGCGAUCGAGCAGCAGCUUACAUUAUUCAUACUUUUAAUCCACUUCUUUUCACUUUACUUUACUUAUUAUCAUCAAAAUGGAAGAUGAGGUAGCAGCCUUGGUCAUUGACAAUGGUUCGGGUAUGUGCAAAGCUGGCUUCGCCGGAGACGAUGCUCCCCGUGCUGUUUUCCCCUCCAUUGUUGGACGUCCCCGUCAUCAAGGUGUGAUGGUUGGUAUGGGUCAAAAGGACUCCUACGUUGGAGACGAGGCUCAAUCCAAAAGAGGUAUCCUAACCCUCAAAUAUCCCAUUGAACACGGGAUCGUCACCAACUGGGAUGACAUGGAGAAAAUCUGGCAUCACACUUUCUACAAUGAGCUACGUGUUGCUCCCGAGGAACACCCCGUCUUGUUGACUGAGGCACCUCUUAAUCCAAAAGUCAACCGAGAAAAAAUGACGCAGAUCAUGUUCGAAACCUUCAACGCUCCUGCUUUCUACGUUGCCAUCCAAGCCGUACUUUCUUUGUACGCAUCUGGUCGUACCACCGGUAUUGUUUUGGAUUCUGGUGACGGUGUUACUCACACUGUACCCAUCUACGAGGGUUACGCGCUUCCCCAUGCCAUUUUGAGAUUGGAUCUUGCCGGUCGAGAUUUGACCGAUUACUUGAUCAAGAUCUUGAUGGAACGUGGUUACAGCUUCACGACAACUGCCGAAAGAGAAAUCGUUCGAGAUAUCAAGGAGAAGCUUUGCUACGUUGCUCUUGAUUUCGAACAGGAAAUGCAAACCGCUAGUCAAUCUUCCGCGCUCGAGAAGAGCUACGAACUACCCGAUGGACAGGUCAUUACCAUUGGAAACGAACGAUUCCGAGCUCCCGAGGCCCUCUUCCAACCCUCGCUCUUGGGUCUCGAAGCCUCUGGUAUCCACGAGACUACCUACAAUUCGAUCAUGAAGUGUGACUUGGAUAUCCGAAAAGACUUGUACGGUAACGUCGUCAUGUCUGGUGGUACCACCAUGUACUCCGGCAUUUCUGACAGGAUGCAAAAGGAGAUCACUGCCCUUGCUCCUAGCAGCAUGAAGGUUAAGAUUGUUGCUCCACCAGAGCGAAAAUACUCCGUCUGGAUCGGUGGUUCCAUUUUGGCUUCCCUCUCUACCUUCCAGCAGAUGUGGAUCUCCAAGCAAGAGUACGAUGAGAGUGGACCCUCCAUCGUGCACCGUAAAUGUUUCUGAGGUCUCAUUUCAAUUAGAGGCGUCUGUGAAGUGCUAUAUUAGCUUCCCAAUAUAUGAUCGCUUUCGCCAUGUAAAGUUCAAGAACCGUAGAGCAGAAACGUUCAUGACAUCCAUUCUAGCUUUUCUUUCUCCCAUCAGUAGUUCUUUUUUGUGUCCUUUUUGAAUGACCUCAACGUGAAAUAUAUUUCCUGUGCUUCUUUUGUUCCGUCGCC